AGGUUAAUAUGGCGAGCCCCCCUCCCCACCUACCCCCCCCGCCCCCUUCAAGGUAUAAGAUGUGGGAGUUUAAAAAUAAACACACUGUCUAACACCAGACACGUUAAAGCUUGUUUAGCUGGAACUUAAUGGAGCCGCUAUUUUUCUGACAUAACAACAUAACAUAGCCAACUUGGACUGAAGGCAAAGUAUUAUUUUUAGCGCACUAAAGAGGAAAGGCAUCGGGUACCGUUAGAAACACAAAAUCGUGAUAGCAUGCAUAAAACUUUGUUGCUUUAAACAAUUUAUGUUCUGUGAUUCAUUUUUGGAAUGUUCGUCUUUUGACCCUGUUUCAGCACCCUGAAGCGAGCAUAAACAUAGAAUAAGAAGAUGCAAAAAAAUUGCCAUAAAAGGAAAAACAAACAAGCAAAAACAAACAAUCAAUGUACCGGAACAGAGACAGUAUUUACUUAAAAUAUUUGCUAUAAAAUGAUGAGCACGUAGCACUGAUUUCAGUAAACGCUGUGUUCUUGUUCAAUUCUCACCGCCAUGGUUCAGUAUUUCGCUGUUUUCCUGAUUCUCUCUUUUUUGGCCGCUCUCUGGGAACAACCACCUCACCUCAGCGACAAAACGCCACAGAGUUAAAAGACUUAUGCCAGGUAAGAAAUGCAUAAAGAUAUAAAAAGGAGCACUGCGCCGUAGAUUAGGUACACCCAGAAACCGUCAGAAACUCUCACGUCUUUAUGAUCAUUUACUAAAAAGUAACCGUUAAAAGUGUAUGGCAGUUUAUUUAAAAAUCCUCGCUUAAUUAAGCAUGAUCUUUCCUCGAAAACCUGAAGCCUGUCCAUUGUUAGCUGUUAAUUUUCUCUGAUUCCAUCCAAGUCCAUUCGAGGCGAGAUAACGCUUUAAAUAGGAUUAUGAUGUCCAAGGUCAAUUCCGUGCCUCGAAAACAAGGGAGACGGCUGGUGGGUACAGACUUUGUUCAUUUUGGUGUGGAAUCAUUGUUUGCGAGGAAGCUACAGGCGUGUAUGAACGGAAUUAUCCUUUCAUUUCCAAAACUGGGGGAAUUAAUCUAUGUAAAGAUGACAUGCCGGAGCAGAGAGGGGGUGGGCCAUGAGGUUUUGAGCCUUGUGCAAGGGGUGGGUCGUGCAAUUUUCAGCUACCCUUAGGGGGUGGGUCACCCUAUUUUUUUACAUAGAUAGGCACUAACUACUAACGAGACAGUUGACUACACUUGUUAUAUAAAACACAGCCAGCUGGAAUUAUUGCUAAAAUACUCGCAAACCUGGUGUGCGAGAAAGUACAAAAGGGUGACAGGCCGCACAUCUGUACGGGCGUGGAACCCUUAACCUUUUUUUUUUGUUGGCUCUGACAAGCAUGUCCUUUAAUGAUUUUCUUUUUUUGUGAGGAAAUGAUUGGUGGUUCUUUAAAAAUUUAUUGAGGUUACAGUUGGUUUUGUAUAAGAUUCCAUUUUUUCAUUCAAGCUUCCUUUAUACACUGAGGGCUGGUAUUGUGUCCGGAAUGGCAAUAUUUCUUUUUCUUCCUUGUUGUUUUGUUUUAGGAGUUUAGACUCCCUUUUGUGAAUUUUAUUUCUGAUAGUACGUUUUCUAUCAAAGAUUGCGGGUAGCCUCCGUCCAUCAAGCGUUAUUUUUUAAAUUUGAAUUAUUUUCCUCAAAGGUUGUUUCUGAGGAGUUUUUUCGUAGGAUUCUAAAGGCUCCUUCUUUGACAAAUCCUUUUUUAACAUUUGGAGAGUGACACGAGGUGAAAUGUGUGUGCAAGAAGGUUUGCCUUUGUUAAAAAUGUGUCUUUACAUCAAGGACAGAUUUUUCCUUGAAUCUUGUGCCUUUGUCUACAACCGUGUCUAUAAAAACGCAGUCUCAGUGUCAAAUGUUUCGGCCGUGAAUUCAAUAGUUGGGUGAUGUAAGUUUGCUUGUUCAAUGAAGGCUUCGAUGUCUGGUUUACUCAUGUCCCAUAGGGCAAAGCUAUCGUGCAUGUAGCAUUUGCACACAGUUAAGUUGUUCUAAAGACAGUUUUGCUUCGAGUUGUUGUUUCAAUAUAUGUCAUGAAAAUAUUGGCAAAGGAAACAAAUCUGCUGUCUUUGUGCCCAUUGCAGUUCCAUGGUUUUGUAGAUAGUGCUUUCCAUUGAAGUGGAAGAAAUUUUCUUUGAGGAUCGAUUAAUCUAAGCAUUUCCGGCAAGUAGUGUGUAGGAAUGGAUUGUCUUUGUAGAAAUUUUCAUAUUAUGCUUUGUGACAGACAUUUUCAAUAUACCCUCGUUUUGCUGUAUAUUCGUGUCAAGACUCAUGACGUCCAUCGAAACAAGGAAUGUUGAGUUUUUCACAUUUGUCUUUUCAGUGAAAGGUAUGAUUUCUGUGAUUUUGAUAUUGGUUGUAGCAGUGUAUCAACAAAUUUUGUCAAGCACAGAACAAGGUUUUAUGGGAUUAUUAAGAGGAAACCAAACAUCCAUGUUUUAACUAGGAGGUGGGUCAUGCAAUUUCCAACCUUGCUUUAGGGGUGGGUCAGUCAUUUUUGUGCCGUUGGGAGGGGGUGGGUCAUGUUUUUUUUUAUCAAUCACAUUUCCAAAUGCUCCGGCCCACACACGCCCCCUAUACUUUUUGACCGGUCCCUAAUUACAAGUCAUCUUUACUUUCAGCGAUCUCUGAUGGGUUUCCCUGGUAUUCCAGGAUCAAAUGGUAUACCGGGAGUGCCGGGCGUCCCGGGGCCACACGGACCCCAGGGAAGAGAAGGUGUAAAAGGACAAAUUGGUGAUAAGGGAUCGCAAGGAAUGCUGGGUCCAAGAGGAGACAGAGGGCGUGUAGGACCCCCUGGGAAGAGUGGACCCCAAGGAAUUAAGGGAAUGAAAGGUCAACAGGGACUUCUGGGAAUGAAAGGAGAGCGAGGCAUUGUGGGAAUGAAAGGAAGAAAAGGAGACAAAGGAGAGAAAGGAGAAAGAAGUGUAGUACCACAAACCAACUGGAAACAAUGUGUGUGGAAAUGGACGAGCUAUACUAAUAACGGAAAGAUUAAGGUAAAUAGAAUAAGAAUCAUAACACACUCCUAAGAAAAUUCACUCCGUUUUAAAUUAAAUGUUUCAAAGAAGAACGUCUCCCCUCUCACUCACCGUUUGCCAGCACAUUACAUAAAUAACUAAGUUACAUUUCUUUCUACUUUGGUUCUUUUUUGAACGAAAAAAAGAAAACCAUCGUGCGUGAUAAAAUGAUUCCUGGCCAUAUGGAUAAGGACAACGAAAAUUUAAGCUAUCACAGAGUUUUUAAAAAAUUAGGAAGUAAUCUUAACUGGAGUUGUUAGUAUCAAUCAUUACACACGGUUGCUUGCCUUACUACAAUAUGUUUGAUUUGUUUGAUUUUAUUCCAGGACUGUGCGUUUAACAAACUGCAGUCUAAUUCAGCGCUCAAAGUCUCAUUCCAGGGAAACAUGAUAGUCCAAGGUAGUUCUAAGUGUAAUCGCUGGUAUUUCAAGUUCAAUGGAAACGAAUGCAGUGGACCAAUGACGAUUGAGGCUGCUGUUUACAACUACUGGCCAUCUGGGAACGCUUAUCUGUAUCAUCAUAGGUCAUUUGAGGGGUACUGUGAAAACAUCCCACAAGGCGCCGUUAGAGUGGAAUUAUGGGUAGGAAAGUGUAGUGGCCAAACCCUGGGUGAUGGUGACACUGGGUGGAAUUCAGUGUCCCGGAUAAUGAUUGGAGAAGUAUCUAGGCCCCAGUCCUAA